CCCAAUUUGUGAGGUUCAACCCUAAUUGGUUAAUAGGUAUAGAUUUCUGUUGUUGAAUGACAAAUGGAGAAGUACCAAAUUAUUAAGGAUUUGGGAGCCGGAAGUUUUGGUGUUACGAAGCUUUGUCGGCAUGAAGAGACCAAAGAGUUAGUAGCCAUCAAGUUCAUAGAACGUGGUCCUCAGAUCGAUGAGAAUGUUGAAAGAGAGAUUAUAAACCAUCGAUCCCUUCGACAUCUAAAUGUCAUUCGUUUCAAGGAGGUCAUUUUAACCACAACCCAUUUGGCUAUGGUGAUGGAAUAUGCUGCUGGAGGAGAACUUUUCGAAAGAAUUUACCAUGGUGGUCGUUUUUCAGAAGAUGAGGCGAGAUAUUUCUUCCAGCAGCUGAUUUGUGGAGUCGAUUAUUUUCAUUCAUUGGAAAUAUGUCAUAGAGAUUUAAAACUAGACAAUAUCCUUUUAGAUGGAUUUCCAGCCCCACGCUUGAAGAUCUGUGAUUUUGGUUUCUCCAAGUCAUCCAUGUUGUAUUCAAAACCAAACAUAAAUGUUGGUUCAACAACAUACGCAGCACCAGAGGAUCUACCAAAAGAGCAACAUGAUGGAAAAUUAUACCCGUUGCAUUCAACGCCAAAUACAGCUGUUGGUUCUCCAACAUAUUCAGCACCAGAGGUUCUAGUUGAAGGACAAUAUGAUGGAAAGGUUGCAGAUAUAUGGUCAUGUGGAGUUACUCUCUAUGUUAUGUUGGUUGGUGCAUACCCUUUUGAAGACCCCAAUGAUUCCAAGAACUUCCACAAAACUGUUACGCGAAUAAUGGCUGUACAGUAUAAAAUUCCAGACUUUGUUCACAUGUCUCAAGAUUGUCGACAACUACUCGCUCGCAUCUUUGUUCGAAAUCCCUCUAGGAGAAUUUCGAUGAAAGAGAUUAAGUGUCAUCCAUGGUUCUUAAAGAACUUGCCAAGGGAACUAACAGAAGCUGGCCAAGCCUUAUUUUGCAUGAGGGGUGUACCAGCCUUCUCUAAACAGAGUGUGGAAGAAAUCAUGAAGAUCGUGGGUGAGGCGAGAAAGCCACUAUCCCCAUCAUCGACGACCAUCAUGUUGUAUGAAGAAGAAGGAGAUGAAGAGGAUGACGAGGCAGAGUUGGAAGAAGAUGAAGAAGAUGAAGAGGAAGAUGAUGAAGAGGAAGAGGAAGAGGAAGAGGUAGAUGAAGAAGAUGAAGAUGAAGAGGAAGAGGAGGAUCACGAAGAUAAGGAAGGUGAAGAGAAGGAAGAGGAGGAAGAUGAAGAAGAUGAGUAAACGAAAAAUGGUGAAAGAAAUUCAGUCCAAAUUAGGAGAAAAUAAAUAAUCAUCAUUUAGGAACACACAACAUGACAUAAAGUGGUUCGCUGUUGUUUUUAUAUUGUUGAGGUUGGUUGGUGAAUAAUUAUGGUUAUUCAAUAGUUACGACUAGCAUAGAAUAUUAAUUAUAACAUGUUGAUUGAUGAUGGUUUUUAUAAGUCCAAAAUUUAUUUCUCUCUACUCUCACUUGUUAUUGUUUCAUGUCCCUUAGUUGUUUUCUGAAAACUAAGGGCCAAUGAAAUGGUUUUUGGUGUAU